CGACAUGCAGCUCUGUGCUGGACUCUUCCUGCUGCUCUGCCUCGGGAUCAUCCACCUGGGUGCAGGUCUUCGGUGUUAUAAGUGCUCGGACUAUACGGGACGCUGUGAGAACGUGCAGGAGUGCACCUACGAGGACUCGUGUAUCUCUCUGAGUGAGAGAGGGGGGAAGACCAUCCGUCAGUGUAUCCGUUACACAGACUGCGAUAACUCUCGCCUCACUCAGAUGUUUCCCGCCAUCUCCGGCUUCACGUACCGCUGUUGCAGCAGCAACCUGUGCAACUCCAGCAACGCUGUCACCAUGGCGACGCCCAUCCUGGCUCUGAUUGGCUCGCUGCUGAGCGUGUGGUGCUGCUGGGUCUGA